UUCUUCUCCAACGCCGCCUAGGUUUUAACAAACAAAAACAAAAACAAAAAACAUUAUACGUAGCAAGAAAGAACCAAAAAUCCUAUGUGACAAUGGUUUCUUUUUCUUGCUCUUCAUCAUCAUCAUUAAUAAUAAUUAUUUACCUUAAAUGUUUGCUAUUCUCCGCCUCAUGCGCACGUUAGCUUCAACAGAAAGAAGAAAUAAAUCUUAAAUAUUCCCUUUUUUUGCAUCACCAUGUCAAGAUUCUUUAGAAUUGGUAGUAUUAAAAGCAUUGCACAAUCCCUUGAAAAAAGUCAGAGAAGUUCCUAUUCAGGAGAAAAGCACGGAUUGCUUCUUAGGGUUGGGAUAUGUUCUUCAAAGUACAGAUUUUAUGGGCAAUACACAUCUUCUGCUAGAGGAUACACUUCAUUUACAGGGUACAAAGUACAAAACAGUAUGUACAACUUUCACAAGAUACAGUCAGCACAUCAUGCCCGACUUGCUUGGAGGAGGUUCUUAAUGAUUUCUUUGUACAAAGGAAGAACUUUUAUGCCACUAAGUAGAAUUGCUCAAGCAGUUAGUUUGGCUUUGUGCCGCUCUGCGGUUAUUGUUCCUGGUAUAUUUGCUUUAGGGUAUGGAAAAAAUUUAGCAGCAGCAGAGGCCCUGCCAGAUAUGGACCUUUCAAGGAAUGAUUUUUAUCUACGUGCACAAGAUAGUCAUGCUUUAUUUACUCGACUAAUCCUUUCAGCAUUUGAAGGUGUUGUUCUUUUGGUGAGAGCUUUUUAUUUGGCGAUCCUGUUUUCCCCGAGCAUUGCGAUGGCUCCAUUCGCAGAAGUUCUGGGACCCACGUACCGGAAAAUAUGGCUUCAGGUUGUUCACCGGACUCUCGAAAGAGCGGGUCCCGCAUUUAUAAAAUGGGGCCAAUGGGCGGCUACGCGUCCUGAUCUAUUCCCGAGAGACCUGUGUGCUGAGCUGUCAAAGCUUCACAUGAAAGCCCCCGAACAUAGCUUCGCCUACACGAAAAAAGUGGUCGAGAAAGCUUUCGGUCGCACACUUUCCGAGAUUUUUGAGUCGUUCGAGCAGACCCCGGUAGCUUCCGGAAGUAUAGCUCAAGUACAUAGUGCUUCCUUGAAAUCUAGAUACCGUGAUCGAGAGCUUAAAAAGCCUGUGAAAGUGGCGGUAAAAGUUAGACACCCUGGAGUUGGUGAAUCAAUUAGAAGAGAUUUCGAGAUUAUCAAUAUAGUUGCAAAAUUAUCGGGGUUUAUUCCAUCGCUUAAGUGGCUUAGAUUGGACGAAAGUGUCCAGCAAUUUGCUGUCUUUAUGAUGUCACAAGUUGACCUAGCCAGAGAAGCUGCUCAUCUAAGUCGUUUUCUUUAUAAUUUUCGGAGGUGGAAAGAUGUCUCUUUCCCUAAACCUGUUUAUCCAUUAGUACAUCCGGCCGUGCUGGUGGAAACUUUCGAGGAAGGGGAAAGUGUGGCCCACUAUGUUGAUGAACUUCAGGGCCACGAGCGACUUAAGAGUGCUCUUGCUCAUAUCGGAACUCAUGCGCUUCUCAAGAUGCUUCUGGUUGACAACUUUAUGCAUGCAGACAUGCAUCCAGGAAAUAUUCUUGUCCGUGUACAACAGCACAAAUCCUCUCGGAAACGUAUCUUCAAGUCAAAGCCCCACGUGAUUUUCCUCGAUGUAGGCAUGACUGCUGAACUUUCUCAGAACGAUAAGUUGAAUUUGCUUGAAUUCUUUAAGGCUGUUGCUCGUCGAGAUGGUACCACUGCAGCUAAGUGCACUUUAAAUCUAUCAAAGAAGCAGAAUUGCCCUAAUCCAGAUGCCUUCAUUAAGGAAGUGAAAGAGUCCUUUGAUUUUUGGGGGACUCCAGAAGGAGAUUUAGUCCAUCCUGCCGACUGCAUGACACAACUACUCGAACAAGUUAGGCAUCACAGAGUGAACAUCGAUGGCAACGUCUGCACCGCGAUGGUUACAACAUUAGUCCUCGAGGGUUGGCAACGGAAACUUGACCCUGAUUAUAAUAUAAUGCACACGCUACAGACGCUGCUUCUCAAAGCUGACUGGGCAAAGGAUCUUACCUACACAAUUGAACAGGUCAUGGCUCCUUGAAAGUUCCCCUCAGCGAUCACUUAUGUUACUGCAAAAGAAACGCCUCACGACUCGUGAUAUACAACACACAAAUGUAUAUUUUAGCCCCAAGAGACCAAAAUCAUGUCUAGUUUACUUUUUAACCAUUUAGCUAGCCACACAUCUGUCUCACAAGAUUUUGUUAGGGAAAAAUUUCUCUAUAUAUAUUGAUCACGCAUAAUACUGACCUCUGGAGCUUAACACUUGCGGCAACAAUGGCGAAAGGAAGUGCUAUCUUCCUAAGUUAAUUCAUUACUUUUUUCGUUUCCAUUUUUUUUUCUUUUCUUAUAUAGUUUUUUCUUUAGGGAAAAAAGAGAAGAUGUUAGAUUUUGUUCGGAUCGCUGCAGUUUUCCCCUAAAUGUAUGUAAUUCUUCUAGUUGCUGUUGUGCUUAUUUUUCCAUACUAGACAGAAAAAGCCAAUUUUGUGUGAAGCUGUUAAUGUUGGUUGCUAUUGUUAAGGUAUUGAAAGAACAAAACGUAUAUAUGAGUUGUGUCUUUUUUGUUUAUA